AUGUCUCGACUAGAAAAGAUAUAUUAUGCAAUCACUUCUGUACCUAGUGCAAUCAUUCGGUACGGCAUACUUUUCCCACUUCGAUUUGUCACACUUGGAGCAUCAACAAUAGCUUUCUUUGUAACAUUGCCAAUUGGUGUUGCGUUACAAAAUAGCGAUAUUGUGUCAUUUUGUGUCAAAUAUUAUUGCAAAGGCAUCUUGUUUUCAUUAGGUGUGAAAGUGAACUAUAUUGGACAAAAACCUCGGUUAAAUGAGCCUCAUGUGUUUGUGGCCAAUCAUACGUCUUAUUUAGACUAUAUUUUACUCAGUGCAAAUCGAUUCCCACAUGCUGUUGUGAUGGCAAGACAUGCAGGCGCUUUAGGCUUCUUACAAAAUAACGGGCUCAACUACUUACAUUCUCUCACAUUUGAUCGUGCUAAUAUUACUGAACGUAGAGUAUUGGCAGAAAGUCUCAAGAAGCAUGUACAUAACUCCAAUACAUGGCAGAAUCCAAUGAUUAUUUUCCCAGAAGGCACCUGUGUCAACAACAGAUAUGCUAUUCGAUUUCAAAAAGGAGCUUUUGAACUCGGUGUCAAAGUAUGCCCAGUGGGUAUAAAAAUGACUCGAUGGAUUACACCAGUAAAUGUUGUGUAUUGCGAACCUAAAUCACCCAAACAGAACGAAAGCGCAGUAGAAUAUAGCGACCAAGUCAAAAAGGUGAUUGCUUCCAGUAUUGGUCUUCAAAGCGUUGAUUUUAACGGAAUGGCUAAACGAGAACUUUUGAAAGUACUGUAG